AUGUCACCUUCAAAAUCACCACGAACCGACAACGACACCGCGUGUUCUCACAAGGACAUCUUUCUGCAAGACUUUCUCAACGAAAGUUCUCGAGACUUUGUCAACGGGAGUCUCAACGAGACGACAAGAAACGUCGCCUUGGACCUCCCCGUCUUCACGAGUUGGACCCUGACCAAGAUCGUCAUCAUCUGUAUCCUGUUCGUCAUCGCCGCCAUAGGAAACCUGUUCAUGGCCCGCGCCACGUUACGGCUGCGGCGGCGGUCGGGGAUCUACAUGCUGUUACUGCACCUGGCGGUGGGGGAGCUGCUGGUGACGUGCAUCACCAUGCCGUCCGAGGCCAUCUGGGCCUACACCGUGUCGUGGUGGGCGGGAGACACCAUGUGCAGGAUCAUCAAGUAUGGCCAGAUGCUGGGGCUGUAUCUGUCCACCUACAUCACCGUGUGCAUCAGUCUGGACCGCUGUGUCGCCAUCGCGUUCCCACUCAAGAAGGGGCAGGCUCCCGAGCGGGCACGGAGCAUGGUCAUCGUGUCCUGGACACUCAGCAUCAUCUUCUGCAUACCGCAGGCCGUGAUUUUCCACGUGGAGACGCACAAGCACGCGCCGUGGUUCCAGCAGUGCGUGACGUACAACUUCUACUCCGCCGACUGGCAGGACCGCCUGUACAACAUGCUGGUGUUCGUGGUCAUGUACCCCGCCCCCAUGGUCAUCAUGGUCGCCUGCUACGUCUGCAUCUUCGUCAGCCUCUUCAGGCACUGGAGAGGAACAGACAACCUGGAGACUGGAAAUAAGACCGGACAGCGGGAGCGUCUCUUCUCCAAAGCCAAGGUGCGGACCCUGCAGAUGGCCGCCGGCAUCCUGACCACCUUCUUCGUCUGCUGGACGCCGUACUACUGCGCCAUGAUGUGGCACCUGUUCUACAAGCACCAGUACCCCAUCAACCCCAUCGUCUUCGACGUGCUGUACCUGUUCGGCGUGUCCAACGCCUGCGUGAACCCCGUGGUGUACGGGAAGAGCGUGGUGACGCGGAAGCCGGGGAAGUCGUUCCUGGUGAACUGGUACCAGGCCUGCCUGGAGCCGGAGGAGUACGCCAGGAAGCUGGACUCCACCAAGUCGGCGGCCUGCACCCGCACCACGUCCCACAACAGGAGCGAGCAGCGCGACAGGAAUAACAGCCUGACGCCCACGGUCUACGUGAAUAUGAGUCGCAGGAAUUCUUCAAGGAUUGUGACACAGGACCAAUUAGCAAGAAAUAGCAUAACUCACGUAUAG